AUGAAGCAACAAACUACGCACGAAGAGAAGUUCGUUGAGUUCAAGCUCGAGCAGGAGAUGGUCGAGGAUGCCAACAUCCCCGAAGGUCGUCUUCGCGAGCCUGACGUCAAGUUCACCCCCGAGGAAGAGGCCAAGCUGUACCGAAAGGUUGACUGGAGGGUGAGUUGACCAGCCCACAUUAUCUCCCAUGCAGCGGUGCGAUGAGCGUGCGCAGCUAAAGCGCUACAACCUGACCCCAUCCCCCCUCCCCCCAACUCGUCCACGUCACCUUCGCGCCCCCCUUCCCUCUCAGAUCUUGCCCAUUCUUGCGCUGUUAUACUUACUGUCAUUUAUGGAUCGAGGAGCCAUUGGAAAUGCUCGAUUGAGGUAAGUCAAGACCACCCCGGAACAAAUGUUGGGUAUGCUCACGAUCUGACGCCCGCGCCGCAUUCAACCCCUUUCAAACGUUUGUAGCGGCCUGGAACGUGAUCUUGGACUCUCUGCACAACAAUACGCAACCUGUCUUUCACUGUUUUUUAUCACUUAUUUUUUGGUCCGCUCCUAUCUCAUCUGCAUCGCUGUACAUGUCUGAGAAGUGUACGAACUAACUCGUCGCCGCUGCCUCUUCCGCCCUCACCCCCUCUAGUUCGAGAUUCCAUCCAACCUGGCCCUCACCAAGAUUCGCCCACGCUAUUGGCUCGCCUUCAUCACCCUCGGCUGGGGUAUCGCCAUGACGCUGUCCGGUAUCGUGAAGAACUACGCCGGGCUCGCCAUCUGCCGCACCAUCCUUGGGGCUUUCGAAGCUGGUGAGUCACGAUCACCGCGCAGUUGAAGACUCUCGUAGGCACUGAUGAGCGCACUUGAUUGUCGUAUAGGUCUCUUCCCCGGCGUCUCUCUCUACCUGUCGUUCUUCUACCCUCGCUUCAUCUACCAGCGCCGUCUUGCGAUCUUCUUCUCGGCAGCUAGUAAGUUUUGGGCGCCCUGACCGCCUUGACGUAUCCUAAUGCGUGCCUGCUGACUCUACUGCUCUCCUUGCACACGCUCUCAGCUAUGGCGUGAGCAGGAUGAUUGAUCAAACCUACCUACUUUUUCCGGUAUAGGGGCGAAGCUGAUUUGGCUGUUCUUCUUCUAUGCAGCGGUGCCUUUGCAGGUUUAUUGGCGUAUGGCAUCUCGUUCAUGGCCGGUACCGCCGGCCUCGGCGGAUGGGCUUGGAUUUGUGAGUUGUGCAAGGCAGCUCCGAAGCAUCAAUCAAUCCAACAAAACUGAGCCAAACGAGCUUGUGUUUACAUAGUCAUUAUCAUGGGUCUCCUCACCGUCCUUGCCGGAGGCCUCGCCUUCUUCUGCGUUAGCGAUGUUCCAGCCAAGGCCAAAUGGCUCACCGAGGACGAGCGGUGAGCUGCAUCCAUCACGUGCUUGAUCGAAUCAAAGGAAACACAAGAAGCUGAAACUGUUCUUCCCUCACUCGCUACAGAGCAUGGCUAGUCUGGCGCAAGGCCUCCGAUGGUUCGAGUGUCGGCGAAGCCGAAGGGCUCCACGUCGCCCAAAUCAAGAGCGCCUUCACGGAUUACCACUGCUGGGUCGCGCUCUUUUUCUACAUCUCCAUCCUCGUACCCUUGUACAGGUAAGCUUUAGAUAUUGCUGCGUCUCCUUGUGAUUCGAAAACUGAAGCGGCGUUUUCUCUACCACAGUGUCGGUUUGUUCGCCCCAACCUUGAUCAAUAGUUUCGGCAAGUGGACUCGGACCGAAGUUCAGCUUCUCACGGUCCCGAUGUACGUUUUCGCCUGCGCCUACGUCCUCAUCACAUCCGUCUACGCCGAUCGAUACCGCACCCGUUUCCCUUUCCUCCUUGCGGCUCAAGUCCUCUGCCUCAUCGGCUUCACGAUCAACAUCAUCCCCACGGCCCCCGUCGGCGUCAAGUUUUUCGGCUUGUUCCUCUGCGCCGCCGGUGCUUACGGAGGUGUUCCUUCGAUGAUCUCUUGGCUUUCGACUAACCUCAGCGGUACGACCAAGCGCGCUGUUGGCACCGGUCUCACUCUCGGUAUUGCCUCGUUGGGUGGCAUCAUCUCGUCAAAUGUCUACCGCACGGUGGACGCCCCCGAGUACCUUUUGGGCCACGGUGUCUUGAUCGCCACCUCGGUCAUGGGGAUCAUCGCUUCAUGCGUGUAUGCCUUCUUGCUCAAGCGCUCGAAUGCGGCCAAGGACCGAUGGCACGCCGAACAAAACGCCUUGCCCGAGCACCAGCGCAAGGUCUUCACCGUCCAGGAGUUGCGUGACAUGGGUGAUCGCGCGCCCGAGUUCUACUACACGAUCUAG